AUGAAAAAACGUCCAGAAGACCUCCCUGGGUCGGCAAGAUGUAAACACUACUGGGCAGAUCUAAAUAGCAGCCAGAUGAUACGAAUAAGGGGGACUCCAACUCCCUCACACGCGGGAGGGAAAAAAAGACCGUGGUGGAAAUGGAGUAGCAAAGAUGAAUGGGUGCAGAGUGGUGAAAUAAAAACAAUAACUGCCUGGAUAGAAACAGCCCAUGAAAAUAUACCGCGGUCGGAGUCUUCAAAAAAGACAGCGGUAUUGCGCAAAUAUAUAUCGAACAUCAAACCCAGGGGGGACCGGAAAGAAGGGAACAGCCAGCAGCCCGCAGAUCGACGCGUUUCGUCCCAAUCUGUGGGACUUUAUCAAGAUCAGUACGUGUACGUAAACCCCCACCCAGGGUUUAAAUACCUGCUGAAGAUAGAACCAGCAGGUAAUCACCGGAGUGGAUAA